AUGUUGGUGUUUCGCUUGUCAGUGGUGAUCAAGCUUUUCUUCCAGUUGGAUGCAUCUCUUUGUCCUGACAAAUGCGACUGCUCUUCAAAAAAUGCAAUUCAUUGCUCUGGUCCCCACAUAAAAGACCUGGAAUCUUUAAAUCUGCCUUGCAACAUGACAAAAAUCCACAUAACAGACACUAGUGUAACAUACUUGCAGGAUGUUUUUUCGAGAAUGGUGGAACUGCAGCAUCUCAUCUUGUCUUCAAACAACAUCUCUCUAAUUUCACCAAUGGCUUUUAAAGGCUUGAGAAGGCUAAAAGCCCUCAAGCUGCUAGAUAAUAAGCUGGUCAAGCUUCCCCCAGAAGUGUUUGAUGACAUGGUACAGCUUCGGCAACUGAUCAUUGAAAAUAACAGGUUGAAAUCCAUCGAAGAUAGUCUGUUUGACAAACUAGCUAGUUUGGAGGAGCUUUUCUUGAACAAAAACCAACUAACAGCACUUCCUAGUGGCGUGCUGAAGAAACUGGCCAAACUCAAAGUACUAAACUUGUCAAGAAAUUGUUUGGCCACACUGCCCAGAAAUAUAUUUAGUGCAUUAACCAGGCUUGAGAAGCUGAUGCUGUAUUUUAACAGGCUGUCUUCAAUAGAGACUGGUAUGUUUGAUAGCCUGAAGGAGCUGCUGGAACUCUUCCUGCAUUCCAAUAACAUCCAGUCUAUUGCCCCUGAUGCAUUUCAUUGUCUUCAUAAACUGAGAAGCCUAACGCUCUCCAGAAACAAGCUUGAGGUUUUGCCUCCUGGGCUCUUUCUGCACUUGCAUGACUUGUCCAAACUGACCUUGUACAGGAACCCACUGAAGUCUCUUCCAGAAGUAUUGUUUGGAGAAAUGAGGCAUCUUGGUAGCCUGUGGCUGUAUCACACAAAGCUCUCAACAAUACCAGAUUUUGUGUUCAGUAACUUGACAAAUUUAGAGCUUCUUGUGCUGAGUUUUAAUCCAGAGCUUAGUGUUCUUCCUAGGAAUGCAUUCAGUGGUCUGAGUGAACUGCGGGGUCUUUCUCUGCAUACAAAUAAUGUUUCCAGUCUGCCAGAGGGCAUCUUCCUGAGCCUUCAGAAACUGCAGAACAUUUCCCUUUUUGAUUCAAGGCUUGAGGCUCUUCCUAGAAACCUCCUUCAUAAUCUCAAGCACCUUCAGAAAGUUUACCUCAAUCAUACUAAGCUGCAGUCUCUUCCUGGAGAUUUCUUUACUGCUUUACCUGAGCUGCAAGAAGUCUUCCUUGACGACAACCCUUGGAAAUGUGAUUGCCAAAUUCUUGGCUUCCAAGAGUGGCUCCAAAAGAGCACGGAGAUAGUUAAAAAUGUGCCAUCUCUACUGUGUGACAGCCCGCUGGCAUUACAGAAUAUUUCUCUUGUGGCCCUAACAGAUGAUCACCUGAAGUGCCUACCAACCACAGCCGUUACAUACCAGAUGUUCAGCUCAACUUAUUCCCAGGCUUCAACUUCUCUUGUGACAGAGCACUUGACAUCAUCUUGGGAGACUAGUGUAACAGUGGUGUCUGACAUGGAUACCAGCACACCCGCAUCAAUUCCUCCAGGUUUCAUCUCCUCACGUGUUCAAGCUGUUGGAUGGCCCAGGUUUCAUUUCUCAGAUGUUCCAACCCAAGCUUCUCCCAGCAUUGUAGUAGAAACUAACAGUGUCAGAGGAACAGAUUUAACUACUCUUGCCUGGUGGGAUGAGCUGCCAGCCCGCAGAAGUGCUAAGCCCUAUUUUAAUACCAGGAUUGCUUAUUGUCAGCUAUUCUUGUGCCUUCACAGUUUGAUUUUAGCACUCCAGACUGUAACCAUUGUGCUCAGUCUGUAUGUGAUGGGUAAAACCAGGCAGCUCUUGCACUCCAGAAAUAUUCCUACUCAGCCUGUAGUUCUAAUAAAAUUUUUAAGAAGACAGACAAUACCAGCCAAAGAGGAUUAG